UGAUCGAAACGUCCAAACUAAUCACCUCCCUUUUCUUGGUCUCGGGGUCACGGAUUAUUUCUAGGAGCAAUGGCGGGCAGAGGUAAGACGCUAUCGUCGGGGUCGAAGAAAGCCACGUCAAGGAGCAGCAAGGCUGGGCUCCAGUUCCCCGUCGGCCGUAUCGCUCGCUUCCUCAAGUCCGGCAAGUAUGCAGAGCGCGUCGGCGCCGGUGCUCCAGUCUACCUUGCCGCCGUCCUCGAGUACCUUGCCGCCGAGGUUUUGGAGUUGGCGGGAAAUGCGGCGCGUGACAACAAGAAGACUCGGAUCGUGCCGCGGCACAUCCAGCUAGCGGUGAGGAACGACGAUGAGCUGACCAAGCUGCUGGGUUCCGUCACCAUCGCUAGCGGUGGCGUGAUGCCCAACAUCCACAACCUCCUUCUCCCCAAGAAGUCUUCCUCCGGCAAGCCCUCCGCGUCCGACGAGAGCUGAGCCGUCGCCGGAGUUCGGCCUCCUCAUCUCUCUCUUAAUGGGCCCCACGUGCUCUCUCUAACUAGGUGUCUUGUGUUCAUGGUUGGCUUAGUUUAGGUUUAGAUCGUGGACACGGUUAUGAUAGGUGUUAGUUGCUCAUGGUUGUGAAUACGGCUUUAAUAUGAUGAUAGGUUGACUGAAUGCCUAGGCGUUCAUGGUCUUGUUUUCUUGUGAAUUCUCUUCUAUUUGUCUUCUUUAAUGAAAAUCUCGAACGCGAGAGAUUUACUUGGAAAUUUUAAGUCUCCUUUGUUGGGAUGCAUGGGUU